AGCCGGAACGGCUCCGGAUCCGGAGGAGGAGGAGGAGGAGGAGGAGGAGGCGGCGGGUGUCGGGUGUCACCUCCUCCCUGAUCUCCGCUGCGCUCCUCUCAUUGUUCCCGCGCCGCGUCAGAUUCGCGUGACAGCGUCGUCCCGCGCGCCGCUCCGCGAGUCAUGCUCGAGAUGGAAACGGGGCGACCGGCGGAGAACAAGCGCAGCCGAAAACCUGCUCACCCCGUGCGGAGAGACGUGCGCCAGGAGAUGAAGAGCUUUGCUGAAAGCACCAUGAAUGAGUUGUUGGGCUGGUACGGCUAUGAUUCAGUGGAUCUGCAGGACUCAGAAAACCGUGUCAAACACAACCAUAUAUCUGUUCUUAAAGAGAACUCCGUGCCAAAGCCACACGCCGAGGAGAGGAAGCUGCCCUCAUCAUCAUCAUCUUCCUCAUCAUCUUCCUCAGAGCCCGUCAGGAGCAUGAACGUCAUCGUGCCGCUCAUCAAGCCCUCUGCCGUGGAGGACGAGCAGAACGAGCCGAUCGUGUGCGUCUGGUGUCAGAAGGAGGGCGUGAAGCGCUAUUCUCUGCUCAUGGGCUCCGAGCUCAAGAGCUUCUGCAGCGAGAAGUGUUUCGCCGCGUGUCGACGUGCCUUCUUCAAACGCAACAAGGCUCGAGAUGAGGAUCGUCAUGGCGACCAGUCUCCGCCCCCUGGCCAGACGCUGGACACGCCCUCAAGACUUCUGCUGAAGAUGAACAACAACACGCGUGUGUGUGAUUGGUGUAAACACGCGCGUCACACUAAAGAGUACCUGGACUUCGGUGCGGGCGAGGAGCGCCUGCAGUUCUGCAGCACCAAAUGCCUAAACCAGUACAAGAUGGACGUGUUUUACCGGGAAGCUCGUGCCGCCCUCUCCGGCUCUGCCCACAAAGAUGAGGAGGACCGCCCCAAAACGGCUGUGGAGGAAAACCAGAAACUCCUCACCCCGGAGGCCUGGGACAGACCAGCGAAAACCCUCUCGCCCCGAAGCCCGCCGCAGCCGAGGAUUCAGACCAGCAUAUCGCCCUCUUCUCCGGCUCGUGUUACUCCGGAACAGCCACGCCCACCUCAGAUGCCCCUCCCCUUUGUGCGCCCACCCCUGCGAAGCCCCGCCUCUCACCCACCCCGCCCCCUCAGCCCUAACCAGAGGGCUUCCUUUGCCCCGCCUCCUCUCCUCCAGCCUUUCCCUGCCCCUUACAUGCCCUUCCACCCGGCGUACCCGCCCCAUUUACCCCCGCCCUGGCCGCAGCCCAUGAUGUUAUCACCCUACCCGGUUUUCGUGCCAAUCCCGGUGCCGAUUCCCAUUCCCAUCCCUGUUUUCCCUCAAACGGGCCACAAAGGAGUCAUUCGAAGCCUUCAGGAGCACGAGCGUACACCCGAUCCGGGUCACUCGGAGGAGCCCAACAAAAAAGUAAAGACCGAACAAUGCGCUUCUCCUCUCGCGUCGGAGCGCCAGGUGAUUCAGUGUCUCCGCAAACACCCGGUGAAAGAGGAAACUCACACGCGCGCAUCUCCAACGCACAAAGCACUUUACGCGUCUGUCGUCACGGCGACGGCCUCUAGAAUCGUUACUCCCGCCUCUUUGUACUCAUUGGCUCGUUCGACCGCCAUACAAGCCGCCUCGUUCUCACUGGACAGCUCCUCUCAGUCUCCUCUCUCCGUCUGCGAAGAUGUGAAAGAGAACAGCUAUUUGAGUGGGCGGGACGACGGCUCGACCAAUCGCUGGCCGGCAGAGCAGACGGACUGCCGGAGCGACCAAUCGAAAGAGAGCAGGGGGGAGGAGGAAGCGCCGCAGGAUGUAGAGCACACCUACGCACGGUCCGUACCGCCCAAACUACGCGAGAAAAACACACAAACGCAUUUACACACACAAACACAAACCUGGGAGAAAAACACGGAUCUGGGAUCCGAGCCGAGCGGACGGGACGAUCCAGAACCAGCCGUGAAGAGACGAUGCUUGAGAAUCAGAGACCAGAACAAAUGAGGGCCGGGGUGUAAAUGCAGUGAUGACACGAUCGAGACGAGUGAUGCGGUGUGUGAACGUACAGAGGAC